UGUUUUUCUUGACUCUAUUUCUGCAGAAAAAUGGCUCGACAACUUGGGGUCAUCACACUCUUCCUGGCGACUUUUCUCUACCUCAUAAUUAUCUCGUCCCCCAUGAGACCUGCGUCAUCACACAGAAGACUAAGGAGACGCGGCAUUAAAGAUGGCGACUACAUGAUUUCACAUUGGGGGGUGUGGGGACCCUGGUCUACAUGCUCCAGGUCGUGUGGGGGCGGUGUUGCAGAACAAACCCGACACUGUCUGCGGAGGCGAAUGGGUACCAUGGUGCUCACGGGUGCAAACCAAUGUGUCGGUCUUUAUAAGCAGUACAAAUUGUGCAAUGCAAAGCCUUGUCCAGAAGAAAGUACUGAUUUUAGAACAGAGCAGUGCGAGAAAUACAACCAUGAACCAUUCAUGGGAAACAUGUAUCAGUGGGAGACUUUCAUCAAAUCAUCUGCCCCAUGUGAGUUGAAUUGCCGUGCUAAAGGUCAUCGUUUCUAUGUCAAGCUCGCAGAAAAAGUAGUUGAUGGGACUACAUGUGGGAUUGUCUCGGACAGUGCUAUUUGUGUGGAUGGCAUGUGCAAGGUAAGACUCGAUACUUUAAAAGCCUGUGAGUUUCAUAAAAGAAAGUUGCACUUGAGAAAUUAACAGAAUGAAGAGCCAAUUGAUUUUG